AUGCCGCAAGGUGACGCAAACACCUUUCUCAAGUACGAGACUGCGGGCCGCAUCAUGGUAGACUGUCGGACGGUGGACAUUACUUCAGUCAUCGUUAUGCCAAAGUACAAAUUGGAGUAUGCCAAGAACAAGAAAAGGGACAUGGUGCAGCGGUUGGACUUGGCACUUUGUUCUUUGUAUGAAGAUGGUGAAGCUGCUUUUCGCACUGCUUUGGGAAACCCAAGGCAGUGGUCCUUUUCCAUGCAUAAAAAAUUGUUCUACAAGUACACUGUGAUGUAUGUGCUUAGCACGGGCCGUGUCGUGGAUGAACAUCCACAUUUUGUGCACAGUAGCUGCAGCGAGCAGGCUUUCUUUUACAAAUCCGUGUUAGGCAGCUUGAAUCUGCACCCCAUUGCAAGGGGCCCCAAGAUUCUCAAAGCCAGGCGUCCACGGCGGGACAGGCGAACCGAGGAGUUUCGCAAAAAAAUGCGUACUCCUUCGCCUUGA